CACCUAACAAGUUAUUUAAUUAUUCUGUGUUUUUUUAUUUUUCUAUUUUAAUGUUUAAAAAAAUAUAUGUACAACUUCCGGCACUACGCUGUCUUAUUUUGAAGCUAAAAUCUACCAUUUCCGGUCGGCCUCUCUCUGUCUACCUUGACGCAUCUCUCCCUCUCCCCGGUGCGCCUGAACUCCGAUACCUGUCAUCGCAGAGCGCGUCCAGCAGAAGAGGGGACGCAGACGCACUGGGGACCGCCAGGUCCUAUUUAACUUUACUUUUCCCGUUUAUUAAAACUUGUGCGCCACACCCCUCUCCCAUUCUCUCAUCCUUUUUUUUUUUUUUUUUUUUUGAUUCACCCUGCCGUGAGUUGGAUAUCGACAGUGGUUGGGGGGCGGAGGAGGCUGAGGACCAGCGGGCUGCUCUCAGAUGGAGCACCAGGGCUCCGGGAGCUCAGGGCGCACGGCGAACCCGGAGUGAGGAACGCUGGUGGAUGGACGCUGCUCCCCGGUUUAGGCUGCUCACAGCACGGCAAUGAUGGGCAUCCAGGAGCCAGACCUGCAUGAGCACCGAGGACCAACGCAGGCGGAAGACGAUGAGGAGAAGGAGGGGGAGAGGGUGCAUGUGUCAGUUGAGGGGGAAGAGGGGGACCAGGAGGAAGAGGAGGAAGAGGAGGAGGACGAGGAGGAAAGGGAUGAGCUGCCGUACCCCACUCUGGCGCCGGUGGUUCUUUUGGCUCUGACCCAGACCAGCCCACCCCGCUCCUGGUGCCUUCGAGCCGUCUGCCACCCAUGGUUCGAGCGAGUGAGCAUUUUGGCAAUCCUGCUCAACUGUGUAACCCUGGGGAUGUUCCAGCCCUGUGACCGCACCCCCUUCCUGCUGCAGGCUCUGGACGACGGGAUCUUUGUGUUUUUCGCCGGCGAAAUGGUGGUGAAAAUGGUCGCUCUCGGGGUCAUAGGUCAGAGCGGUUACCUAGGCGACACAUGGAACAGAUUGGACUUCUUCAUUGUUAUAGUGGGAAUGCUGGAGUACUCACUGGACGGACACAACGUCAGCCUGUCAGCGAUACGGACGGUGCGGGUUCUCCGCCCACUGAGAGCCAUCAACAGAGUUCCCAGUAUGCGUAUCCUGGUGACCCUCCUGCUAGACACGCUUCCCAUGCUGGGCAACGUGCUGGCGCUGUGCUUCUUCGUCUUCUUCAUCUUCGGCAUUGUCGGCGUACAGCUGUGGGCGGGGCUCCUGAGGAACCGGUGUUUCAUCGGAGAGGAUGUCAAGAUGAAGUACAACAUUUCUUUCCUGAAUGGCUACUAUCGGCCCGAUGGCACCGAGGACCACCCCUUCAUCUGCUCAAUGGAACGAGAUAACGGGAUGCUUCGGUGCACUGACGUGCCUCGCCGCCGUGUGGGCAGGACCUCCUGCCUCCUGAGCCCAGAGGAGGCCCAUCCAGAGAUAGGACUAAGAGUAGAUGAGUCGGUGUCAUGUGUGAACUGGUACCAGUACUACAACGAGUGUCGGUCCGGGGAAGUUAACCCACACAAAGGAGCUAUUAACUUUGAUAACAUUGGAUAUGCAUGGAUCGCCAUUUUUCAGGUGAUCACUCUUGAAGGAUGGGUGGACAUCAUGUACUACGUCAUGGAUGCACAUUCCUUCUACAACUUCAUCUACUUCAUUUUCCUUAUCAUAGUGGGCUCCUUCUUCAUGAUCAACCUGUGCCUGGUCGUCAUAGCAACACAGUUUUCCGAAACGAAGCAGAGAGAGCACGCCUUAAUGAAGUCGGAGCAGCACGCUCGCCAGCUCCACCAGUCGGCUUCAACGCUGGCCAGCGACAGCCAACCAGGAAGCUGCUACGAGGAGAUCAUCCGCUACCUGGCGCACCUGGGCCGCAAGGCCUGGAGACGAGUCUCCCGCGUCUACACCCAGGCACGCCCACACUUUCACUGUGCGUGCAUGUGCCAGAAAGACCGAGGGGGUGGAACGGCCAGAGGGGGCGCAGUUGGGGAAAUGAACGGACUUGCCCACCGGCACUCGGGCCACGUCCCCAACGACCUGUCACACCUGCAUCAGCUCUACCAUCAGCAUCACCAGCACCACCACCAGAAUCACCAGCCCCAGUCGGAGCCUGCUGUCAGGAACGGGGUCAGCGGUUUUAAUUACCCCUUCAUAUCACCCCUCUUCAGUCACCUGGACGCAAAGGGCCAGGUCCAGAAGAGGCAGGCUGCCGCAGACUCCAUCAACAGCAGACUUCCACAGCUGGUGUUGGAGCAUGGUGGGUGUGCAGGGCAUCCUGCGUUGCCACUGCCAGGUGAGGUCCCCGGAGACUCCGCAGUGUGCCCGUAUUGCAUCUACUACAACCAACUUAGCGACACCGAAAAUGUUAAUGAGAGGCCUGAGGACCAGCAACAUGGGCACAGCAAUUCGUGCCGAGGCAACUACCCCUGUCAUAGCGACAGUCCGUGUGACUGUAGCAGCCCGUGUCACGGUGAUGAGUCCGAGCCAAGGAAAAGGCUGUGGGAGCGCUGCUGGGCGGGACUGCAGGUUAAACUGGAGCUUAUUGUUGGCAGCAGAUACUUCAGCAGAGGAAUCAUGAUUGCCAUUCUUAUUAACACGCUGUCGAUGGGAAUAGAGUAUCACGAGCAGCCACAGGAGCUGACAGAUAUCUUGGAGAUCAGUAACAUGGUGUUCACCAGCCUCUUCAGUCUCGAGAUGCUGCUGAAAGUCCUGGCUCUCGGGCUCUUUGGCUACAUCAAGAACCCUUACAACGGCUUCGACAGCAUCAUUGUCAUCAUCAGUGUGUGGGAGAUCGUGGGCGAGGCUGAGGGAGGCUUGUCUGUGCUGCGUACCUUCCGUCUGCUGAGAGUCUUGAAGCUGGUUCGCUUCCUUCCUGCCCUGAGGAGGCAGCUGGUGGUGCUGAUGAAGACCAUGGACAACGUGGCCACGUUCUGCAUGUUGCUGAUGCUUUUUAUAUUCAUCUUCAGUAUCCUGGGGAUGCAUCUGUUCGGCUGUAAAUUUGGUUUGAGGCAAGACAGCGGCGAUACUUUACCCGACAGAAAAAACUUUGACUCUCUGCUCUGGGCGACUGUCACUGUGUUUCAGAUCCUCACCCAGGAGGACUGGAACGCGGUGCUCUAUAACGGGAUGGCGUCCACCACGCCGCUGGCUGCGCUCUACUUCGUGGCCCUCAUGACCUUUGGCAACUACGUCCUCUUCAACUUGCUCGUCGCCAUUUUGGUUGAGGGCUUUCAGGCGGAAGGCGAUGCCAACAGAUCGGAAGCCGAUGACGAGGGACAAUCCCUCUGUUACGAGGAUGAGGAGAAGUUGAGAGAGCUGUACGCUGCAGAACUCAAGAUCCAGGCCAUGAUGCUCAGCCCCAACGGGCUCCUGAACCCAAAAGCCUCCAGGCCCCCUCCUCCUCCCCCACCUCUGCCAGUCAUCACACACACUGCAGCCACGCCCACCAUGAACUCCAGCCAGUCGCGCCGGACGAGCGGCGCUUCCAUGGACAUCAGCUGCUUCGAGCUGAGGUCGCCGUUGUCCUCGCAGUCUCUGUGGGAGAGCGGCCCAGAGAGCCGGCGCUCCAGCUGGACCAGCAUCGGCCGAGCCCCGAGCCUCCACAGGAAGAGCCAGUCGGGAGAGAUGGAGUCCCUGCUGUCCGACACUCACACGAGCUCCGACCUCAGCAGCAGGGAGCAGUCUCUGGACCAGUCCGAGUACCUGCAGGUUCCCAUGCUCCACUCGCCCGACUGCAACGGCUCCACCUUCCACUUCGACGACGCCCCCCUGACCUUACACUACUACAGUGACCAAGAAGAGGAAGAGCCAGAGGAGAGUUUAUGUAAGAAGCUGAAGAAGAUGCUGGAGCCAUAUGAGCCUCAGUGGUGCCUGGAGCAUGAAGAGUGGUCCCUCUAUUUGUUCGCUCCACACAACAAGUUGAGGCUGUGGUGUAAGAAGGUCAUAGGUCACAAGAUGUUUGACCACGUCGUCCUCCUUUUCAUCUUCCUCAACUGUAUCACAAUCGCCCUGGAGAGACCUGACAUACAGCCCAACAGCAUGGAGCGCGUGUUUCUCAGCGUGUCUAAUUACAUCUUCACCGUGAUCUUCGUGGGUGAAAUGAUGAUCAAGGUGGUCGCUAUGGGCAUGUACUUUGGAAACGGUGUGUACCUGCAGAGCAGCUGGAAUGUGUUGGACGGGCUCCUGGUGUUUGUGUCCCUAGUGGACAUCCUCGUCUCCAUAGCGUCCACCGGUGGGAACAGAAUCUUGGGAAUGCUGCGGGUCCUUCGUUUGCUCCGCACGCUGCGACCGCUCAGGGUGAUAAGUCGUGCUCCGGGUCUUAAACUCGUGGUCGAGACCCUGAUCACAUCUCUCAGACCCAUCGGGAAUAUUGUUCUCAUCUGCUGUGCGUUUUUCAUUGUGUUUGGAAUUCUGGGAGUCCAGCUGUUUAAGGGCAAAUUCUUCCACUGCGAGGGGCUCAAUGUGAGUAACAUCACCAAUAAAACCCAGUGCCUGGAGGCGGGCUACCUCUGGGUUCGACGGAAAUACAACUUUGACAACCUGGGACAGGCGCUCAUGUCACUCUUUGUGCUGUCGUGUAAAGACGGCUGGGUCAGCAUCAUGUAUGACGGCCUGGACGCUGUCGGAGUGGACCAGCAGCCCAUAAGAAACAACAAUCCCUGGAUGCUGCUGUUCUUCAUCUCCUUCCUCCUCAUCGUCAGCUUCUUUGUGCUCAACAUGUUUGUGGGCGUGGUGGUGGAGAACUUCCACAAGUGUCGACAGCAGCAGGAGGAGGAGGAGGCCCGGAUAAGGGAGGAGAAGCGGCAGAAGCGGCUGGAGAAGAGGCGGAGAAGGGCCCUGGAGAAGCCAUAUUACGCCGAGUACUCCCCGCUGCGUCGAACCAUCCACACCGUGUGCACCAGCAGCUACCUGGAUCUCUUCAUCACCAUCAUCAUCUUCACAAACCUCAUCACCAUGAGCAUGGAGCACUACAACCAGCCUAAGUACUUCGAGGAGAUUCUGAAGUACUGCAAUUACGUCUUCACAGUGGUUUUUGUCAUCGAGGCCAUUCUCAAACUCAUCGCCUUUGGCCUGCGCCGCUUUUUCAAAGAGAGAUGGAACCAGCUGGACCUCGCCAUUGUGCUGUUGUCCAUUAUGGGCAUCACGCUGGAGGAAAUAGACCUGAAUGCUUCCCUCCCCAUCAACCCCACCAUUAUUCGCAUCAUGCGGGUCCUGAGGAUAACGCGAGUGCUGAAGCUGUUGAAGAUGGCUACGGGCAUGAGAGCUCUGUUGGACACGGUGAUGCAAGCGCUGCCUCAGGUGGGGAAUCUGGGUCUGCUCUUCAUGUUGCUGUUCUUCAUCUAUGCAGCUCUGGGAGUUGAGCUCUUUGGAAAACUGGAGUGCUCGGAGGAGAAUCCGUGCGAGGGCCUUAGCCGCCAUGCUACCUUUGACAACUUCGGCAUGGCUUUCCUCACACUCUUCAGGGUGUCCACCGGGGACAACUGGAAUGGGAUUAUGAAGGACACACUGCGCGACUGCCGCCCGCAGGACCGCCACUGCCUCACCUACCUGCCCUUGAUCUCCCCAGUUUACUUCGUGACCUUCGUCUUAACGGCUCAGUUUGUGCUGGUCAACGUGGUGGUGGCCGUUCUGAUGAAGCACCUGGAGGAGAGCAACAAGGAGGCGCAGCUCGAGGAGAUGGAGGAGAGGAAGGAGAGGGAGGAGCAGAAGGAGAGGGAGGAGCGGAAGGAGAGGGAGGAGCGGAAGGAGAGGGAGGAGGCCGACCGACGCCUCAGUGCGGCGUCUGCGGGCGGAGACCUGGAGCUGAGCGUGGACGCACCUGCCCAGGUGCAAGUUGAGAAUGAGGAGCGUUCCCACGGCAACCUGCUGAGCAUGGGACGCAUGCUGUCUCUCCCCAGCGACAGCUACCCCCAGCCACUCAGAUGCUCCCCUUAUCCUCCCAUUGGCCACGAGGCCUUCACUGGUCACAGCUACUCAGGCUCCAUGUCGUCUCUGGGCUCCAGUGGCGCUGGGUCUCUGCUGCAGGUUCCAGGAGCGCUGCCCACCAUCAGCCACGCUUCACUGGGCUCUGGACGCAGCUCGAGGCCAAUGAUCUGCCUCAGCACCUCUCAGAGCAUCGACAGACACUCCCCGCACAGACUCAGCCCGGCCGACAGCCUAGAAGGAUACAGGUUAAGUCCGGCCCACAGAAUAAACAGGCACAGGCUGAACUCGGCCCACAGCAUAGACGAGUACGGGUCGAGCCCAGCCCGGCGGAUCGGCAGACACAGACUCAGCUCUGCUCACAGCAUGGACGGAUACAGGCUGAGCCCAGAUUACAGCGCGGACAGGCCGAAGCUCAUGUCCAGCCACAGCAUAGACAGACACCCGUCGCUCCGCCUGAGUCCCACGCACAGCUCCAGCAGACGGUCUUCGUGCUGGCUCAGUCCCGAAGACGGUUUGGACAGGAACAAGCUGAGUCCCUCCUACGUCCCGGACAGUUCGGUCAUGAAGAGACCGACAUCCUUCCGCUCGGCAAACAGACAGUUACGGAGACAGGAGGCCGUGCGCAGCGACUCUCUGGAUCAGAGCGGUUCGGCCGACGACCUGGCGGAGCCCCGCCUCGCCGUCCCCGCACCCUCCUCCACGGCACCACGCCAGCGCUCGUCCAGCGUGCACACGCUGAAAUACAACCACCCCCAGAGGGUCAUCUCGUGCAGGAGCCACAGCCGGAGCCACAGCGAAACCACUCCACAAGAACGCGUACCUGAGCAGACCAGCUGUGACUCGCAGCCAGAGACAGAUGUUGAAAAAGGGCCUGUCAGCCCGCAGAGCCUGUCCAGUUUGAAGGUCCCCGGCGGCGAAUCCACGCUGUCGGCUCCGCUCUGCGGCUCCAGGGGGGCGAGCCCGCUUCUCGGGCCCGCGUCCGACCCGGCGCCCCAGUCAGACGACGCCGACGAGGAAGUCAGCCACAUUAACAGUUCGGUCUCACACGCGCAGCCUCCCCCCAGCGGCUCCACGAACAAAAGCAGACACCUCAGCCCCAGUCCGGGGGAGCAUAGGGGCCGCCUCAGCCAGUCGGUGUCCCCGGAUUCAUGCAAAAACAAGAAGCAGAGGAUGAGCCCGCCGCCGGGGGAGGAGCCUGUCACUAUGGCGAGCCAGCUGACGGACAGCAGCGCUGAGCUGAGGAGGCGGACUCUGUCGUUCGACGCCACAACCGUCUCUCCUAAUCAACCGGAGGGAAGUUCUGUGGAUGAGUAAAAAAAAAAAAGGACCUGAGAUGGGAUUGGUUAUUCCUCAGAGUGGAAACAAAUGUGCUGCGGAGGCACAUCAGAGACCGAACCAGGAAGCACCCCUGUUUCCUGGCCCACCUGUCUUCUUGUUCAAGUUUUUUUUUUUUUUCGCAAAGGUGUGUGAGCAGAACUCAGUCAGAGCUGUGUGUGUGAGUGUGUAUGCGUUCAAAGACUUAAACCCCUUUGUGCUAUUUUGCACACAAGAUGCACACAACAAGAAGAAGUUUACUUUUCUUCUGUCAUAGUCUUAGCUUUAGUUCAGACAUAGUAGUCACUUUGCGGCUAUAUUUACUCAAACACUAACCUUCCCCCAUGCUUGCUGUCCUCCUCCUCCUCCUCCUCCACCUCCUCCUUGCACCUCAAGCCUAGGUCAGAAUACAGUAUUAGUCUGACGAGAGAGCAGAUCUGCUAUUGUACAUAAGCACCUUUAAUAAUCAUUUUAUUUGCUGAGUAGUUUUUCUUUUUAAUAAUCACCAGUUCAUUCUUAGGUCUAUAAGGCGACACCUUCAAACAAAAGUCUUAAAUAAAGGAAAAAUUGCUUUUUUCGUUUGCUUUUUGCAAAGCGUCAAACAGGAGGAUUGAACAUAAACGUGUAAUGUUUUCUCUGUUUUUGCUUGAAAAUGAUCAAUUAAUUAAUCAAGUUGCUGCUGAAACAUUUUUUUGUUGAAAUCCAGUUUAUUUUCAAGUGUUAUUUGAGUAAAAUUCUUUUUUUUAUUUAAGAGGAUCUGAAAUUUUCAGUGUUUAACUUACAUUAUGAUGGAGAAAUUCAUUUAAAAAUGAUUAAUUUUCAAUUAUAAUCAUGUAUAAGUAGAUGGUACAGGAGCGUUUAAGACACAUUGCUUUAAAAUAUAUAUACGUUUUGCAGCAGCUUGUGGAACAAAAUCAAGAAUCAUACAUUUGGAGUUUUUGUUUUCAGCUAUGACCCGUCUUCAGUAAACUGCCUCUGGAUGGUGCUUGAUCGUUAACAGAUUACAAAUGCUGUUUUUAAAGGGCGCCUGAAUUCACCCAGCCCCGACGGCCUGAAAAAUCUAUCUGCUCCUUGGACCUUUAAGUCAAAGUCAUGUAGUGUGACCUGGGCUUCAGUAGUUUCUACCUCGCUUUUCUCCCGAUCAGAUACCCGUCAGCUUAGUUUCCACUCACUCACUCCCCUCACAUUUUCCUUUUACUGCGUCUUAGUAUUCUCAGGGUAGAGGUAGUUCAGACACAGCUGAGUGUGAAGCAUGUGAUCGGACCUCUGCAGAGUCAGAGCGCCCCCUGCUGCCUGAAGCCGGAGCUGGCCCCUCUCUCUGUCUCUCUGUCUCUGUCUCUCUGUCUGAUGUGUGAAGAGAUUAUGCGCUGUGGGUGCGGAGCGAGGAAGCAGAUGUGCAGAAGGGCUCAUUCAGGUGAUAAAACAGUGCGUAAAACUUUGUAGAAACGGUUGAGAGUAUAUUUUAUUAACACAGCAGAGAUGGUACGAGAACUAAAGAGGUGAAUUUCUACUACGACGUUUCUUUUUGAAUGUCAAUAUAUCUGCUCCUGCUCCUGCUGCUGCUGAUGAUGGUGAUGAUGACGAGGACGGAUGAUGGUGAUGUCAGUGUUGCAGGAUGUUGACGAUAAUAAUAGUGACGGUGAUGAUGAUAAAACUGGAUGGUGGCAAAUAAUGUUCCUGCAGAUUCACGGGAGCAGCGGAUGAUUCACAUGAUUGGACAGUGCUGGAUUAAAAACCACUUCCUGUCUGACUUUUA